AUGGUGGCACUUAAUCGAGACUGCUUCUGGCAAAUAUUUAAUAACCUUGAGCAAGAUAAAAAAUCAUUGCAUUCGUCGAUUCUGGUCAACCGUGCUUGGUGCGAAAUUGCUAUUCAGUUUUUGUGGAAAAAACCUUUUAGAUUCUUGUACACAUGUUCUAAAUCUUGCAAUUGUACGGAUGAAGAGCGACACGAGAAAGCAAGGAACCUUCUUUCAACAUUUAUCACUUGUAUGGCUCAUAAUCAAACAUCAACCAGCAUUGAUAUGCAAGAUUUUGUUGUAUGGACGACGGCGCCGCCCACGACCUUUAACUAUUUAUCAUUUCUGCGUCAUGUCGACCUACAUGAUUUAUUUUUGGCUCUAACGGACGGUGUUAAGCACUUGAGAACCAAGAAAGAUCUUAACUUUGUAAUGGCCAAUCAACAUAACACAUCAACACUAAAGAAAGGAGACAACUGGGAGAGUGCAGUGAUUCAAGAAAUGGCUCGUGACAUAUGCAAGCUCUUGGUGUUACAUUGUUCGAACAUGAGAAAUAUAUCAAUUGAUAUGGCUAAUCGAAAAUGGUCGUCGGAUAACUAUCGAUGUUCGAGUAUACCCAACAUUUCAUUCUGGGUCACGUUCAGAGAAAUUCCGGACGAACUUUUGUUAAUUCCGACCUAUCGUGGUGCGAGCAAUUGUCUAUCACAACUUGUCGAAUUUUACUGGGGAGCCACACAUUGGACAUCGGAAUUUUUGGUGGCGUUGUCUAAAGUUUCUCGAAGGUUAAAAAAGAUCGUGAUUGACAUGUCAAAUUUCGGUCGAAGUGAAAGUAGUGAACAUGCUCGAAACAUGGGAAAAUUAAUUAAAGUACAAACGGCUUUACAAGAUAUACAAUUUAUCAAAUGCAAACCUCGUGUCUUGCCAGCAAUCAUGGAAGGACUUCGUUCUCAGGAGAAAACGCUACACCGAUUUUACUUCCAGGGGAUGGUCAAAGACUGGAGCGUAUUUUCCGAAUUAGUUCAUUUGACCAACCUGCAAGAGAUGAGUUUUGUUCAAGCUAACUUUCGUUGCAGUGAGGUGGAAAUGUUAUCGACUUCACACUUUCCAAAGUUAACGAAACUAGUGUUCAAUGUCGCGUGGUUUCGAUUUCCCAUAAUCAUUCCUGAAAUAAUAAUCAAGAAUUCCGGGAAGAGAAUUACUACAUUUUCCUUACCACAAUAUUAUUAUCCAUCAUGCGAUGGGUUCGUGCCAACGGUGGCCUUAUCUGUCGCAAAACAUUGCCCAAAUUUGGUGCAUUUUGAAUAUUUUGCGAAAAAGAAUGAGUUCCCACAGCUGGUACUGCUCUUCGCGUCUUGCCCACAGCUAAAAAAGGUAAUGAUCUCCGGGUGUGACGAAGAUGCAAAUGAUUUAUUAAUACAAAUAGCGAAUCAUGAAUUACCAAAUCUGAGUGAGUUUGAAAUUGCAGCUCAAUGGACAUUUUCGCCCUCAUCACUAGAAACGUUUUUUGUUAAAUCCAAGGCACCACUAAAGAGUUUUGUGGUGAGCCUUUCACCUUGCUUCGCUGAUGAACACACGAAUGUUAUAUUGCGAUGCUUCGGUGAUAGAUUGACUCGCCUGCACGUGGAAACGUCGCGAGAAAUAUCGGAGAAAAUGUUGGCAAAAGCAAAUAAACAUAUUCCCGAUUUUGUUUAUAAAAUGAUAGAAGAAAUAUUUGAACCAGGGUUCUUAGAUAACAGCGUACCUAUUUUCCGCAUGAAAAAAGAAUUAUAG